AUGAAGUUCACCACGAUCUCCGCCCUCUUCCUCGCCACUGGCUCUACCCUUGCCGCUCCCAGCAGCAUGAAGCGCACAACCGCCUUCAAGCCGAUAAUCAUCCAGAACUGGUCCGCCGAGAACUACUCGAACUUCAACCGGGGCACGAUGGUCUUCACCGUGAACGACCCCAACGCGAACACCAGCACCGAUUGUGCUGUUACCUGGGAAUAUGGCCUGGAUCCCUCCAAGAGCACGAUGGUCAAGUGCAAUGACGACACCUACGAAUUCGGUUUCCUUGGCCCCAUUACCUCGAUCGAUAACUUCUCUCUCAAGGUGGCUCGCUCGGACGGAACCUGGAGCGGACAGUAUUCGGUUAACUCGAAGGGCGAGGACUGGGAGUGCAAGGACUUUGCUCAUGGUGCUUUCUCAGAGAAGUGUGACUGGGUUGGGGCUUUGGAUCUCCCCGUUAUUCCUCCGAGUGCCUCGUAA